AUGUUACCGGCACAAUCCCUGAAAGCCGGAGAGAUUCUUCAGUAUGCCAGGGAAAUUGAGGUUGUCCAAGAACAAAAUGGAGGUAUACAGGUUGGCACGGUCGUUGGUCUGGCGUUAGCCGGUUUCCUCUGUCAGCCACGCUUGGCUGCAGAUGGUACCACCUUCGUUUCUCACUGGGACGUGACACAUUACCUCUUCGGCAGUGUUGGCCUCCUUUCUCUGAUACUAUGGUACUUCAUCGUCUAUGAUGCUCCGGAAAGACAUCCAAGGAUAAGUGCAAAGGAACUGAAGUUGAUUAAUACGUCGCUCUGGGGAGUCACUCAAGUGUCACCCAGUGAUUCAACACAAGUACACGUUUGUGACAAAACAGUGUCGGGUGAAUCCAACGAAAACUUGACGAAUUCCAAGUUGAAUCAGGAAAAAGCCGAAGUGAAUGCGUUUCAAACCUCUGUCCCAUGGCUAAGCUUACUACGCUGUCGCGCAUUUUGGUCUGUGCUUAUAUGUCACGUGACGCACAACUGGUCCUUCUACACGUUGAUCACUUGCAUACCAACCUACAUGUCACGCGUUUUGGGGUUUUCCAUGUCUGACAAUGGUUUGUUGUCCGCCUUCCCCUACCUGGUCCAAUGCGCGUAUGCCCAGCUAGCCGGAUUCAUCUCAGACGUGUUGAUAAAACGAGGCAAGCUGUCGACUACCUGGGUGCGCAAAUUGAACAACUGCAUUGCGCUUGGCGGAAUCGGUCUCGGUCUUCUCCUCGUCGGCUACACUGGAUGCAGCCGCACGGCAUCUGUCUUGAUCUUUGCCACAGCAAUCGGACUGAUGGGUUCUGCCAGUUCAGGCUUUGCCGCAAACACGAUGGACUUGGCUCCACAAUUUUCCGGUGUUAUUACCUCGUUGACAAACUGCGUAGCUACCCUACCCGGAAUAUUUGGCCCCAUGCUAGUCGGAUAUGUGACCAAAGAUAGCUCGAGUUUGAAUAACUGGAGGAUCAUCUUCGGUGUCUCCGCCAGUUUGGCUUGGUUUGGAGCACUUUGCAAUCUAUUUAUGACCAGUGGUCGAAGGCAACACUGGGCCGAUCCGAGCAUGCGCGAGAAUGGGUCAUCCAAGAGGCCCGCAUGAUGGUUUUCGAAUGAUAUCCAUCCAAUCGAUCACACCCCAGCAUCCACUCUCAUUUUAGUCGUUACAUGGCUCCGAAGAAUACGUCCAAACACACUGUUUCUGUGAUGAUUUUGCAACGACUUUUUCAUACUCCGAACAUAUCGCUAAAAUUCUGGUGACUUUUUUCCUAAUUCAAGAAUCAGUGAAUUUGUACCAGGCAGGGCG